UAUUUUCUUCUUUAUUAGAUCGAUCGGCAGUGAUAAAAAGGCACUAAAAUACCAAUAAAAAAAAAAGGAAGAAGGAGAAGAAGAAGAAGCGAGUUCUCUUUUCGUCCUCUUCCCUCUCCGCUUACAUUCUCGCCCUUGAUCCGCUGAGAAAGUGGGAGCUCUACUUCAUCGCCAUUCGGAUCCAAAGACAGCCAUCGGCUACUAAUGCUCAUACGAGGUGUUGAACUGCAUUUCCGGUACCGUAGAGGCUGGAUGACGGGGGGAUUCGGUGUUUUAUUUCCGAUUGAGGGCUGAGUUUUUGCCGAGUUUUUGGGUGGGGCUGGUGAUUCGGCGACGUUUUGCUGGAGAUUGAGGUAGACGGGAGCUCGACCAGUUGGAAUGGGGGGAGAUUCGAUGUAUUUAAGUAGUGGGAUCGGAUCUUAAUGCUUGGUAAGGGAGGAAAGAAUGUCGGCAGCGGCUACGGAUAAUGCAAGGAGUGGCCAUGUUGAAAGGGACAUCGAGCAGGCUAUUACUGCUCUUAAAAAAGGGGCAUAUUUACUCAAGUAUGGGCGCAGAGGCAAGCCCAAGUUUUGCCCAUUUAGACUGUCUAAUGACGAAUCCAUGUUAAUAUGGUUCUCAGGCAAAGAUGAAAAACACUUAAAACUAAAUCAUGUAUCCCGGAUCAUGCCAGGACAGCGAACUGCAAUUUUUCAGAGAUACCCUCGGCCUGAGAAGGAAUGCCAAUCUUUUUCUCUUAUCUAUAGUGAUAGGUCCCUGGAUCUUAUAUGCAAAGAUAAAGAUGAAGCUGAAGUUUGGUUUGCUGGUCUGAAAACAUUGAUAUCACGCAGCCAUCAGCGGAAAUGGAGGACCGAAUCAAGGAGUGAUGGAGUAUCGUCUGGAACACAUAGUCCAAGGACAUAUACCAGGAGAAGUUCACCUUUAAGUUCUCCUUUUGGUAGCACUGACAGUAUGCAAAAGGAUGGAAGUGAUCCCUUACGAGUUCGGAGCCCAUAUGAUAGUCCACCAAAAAAUGGUUCGGAUAAGUCAUUCUCUGGUGCAGUAUAUGCUGUUCCUCCAAAGGGUUUUUUCCCUACGGACUCUGCUUCUGCUUCAGUUCAUUCUUUGUCAUCUGGAUGCUCAGAUAGUUUAAAUGGGAACAUGAGGGGUAUGAAUAUGGAUGCAUUUAGAGUUAGCCUAUCAAGUGCUGUGAGUUCAUCAAGUCAAGGAUCUGGCCAUGAUGAUGGAGAUGCUUUAGGCGAUGUUUUCUUAUGGGGGGAAGGAAUUGGGGAUGGAAUUUUAGGUGGAGGAAACAAUAGAGUUGGAAGCUGUUCUAGCAGUAAAAUGGACUCUCUGAUUCCAAAAGCCUUGGAAUCUGCUGUGAUUCUUGAUGUUCAGAAUAUUUCUUGUGGUGGACAACAUGCUGCGCUUGUUACUAAACAAGGAGAGAUCUACUCUUGGGGCGAAGAAUCUGGAGGAAGGCUCGGACAUGGAGUGGACUCUGAUGUAUCACAGCCUAAGCUCAUUGAUGCUCUAGUCAAUAUGAACAUUGAACUUGUUGCAUGCGGUGAGUAUCAUACUUGUGCUGUUACUCUGUCUGGCGACUUGUACACUUGGGGUGAUGGUACUUUCAAUUAUGGGCUUCUUGGUCACGGAAAUGAAGUGAGCCACUGGGUGCCAAAAAGGGUUAACGGUCCUCUUGAAGGUAUUCAUGUCUCAUAUAUUUCAUGUGGACCUUGGCAUACUGCCGUUGUCACAUCGGCUGGACAGUUAUUUACUUUUGGAGAUGGAACUUUUGGUGUUCUUGGUCAUGGAGACCGAAAGAGUGUUUUGAUACCGAGGGAAGUAGAAUCUCUGAAGGGUUUACGCACGGUAAGAGCAGCUUGUGGUGUUUGGCACACUGCUGCAGUUGUUGAAGUUAUGGUGGGAAAUUCAAGUUCUAGCAAUUGUUCUUCUGGCAAACUAUUUACAUGGGGAGAUGGAGAUAAAAGUCGUCUUGGGCAUGGUGACAAGGAACCCAAACUCGUGCCUACUUGUGUUGCUGCUGUGGUUGAUCCAAACUUUUGCCAAGUUGCUUGUGGCCACAGCCUGACUGUUGCCCUUACAACUUCAGGCCAGGUUUACACCAUGGGAAGUACUGUCUAUGGUCAACUUGGAAGCCCCCAAGCAGAUGGAAAGGUCCCUGUACGUGUUGAAGGAAAGCUCUUGAAAAACUUUGUGGAGGAAAUAUCUUGCGGUGCUUAUCAUGUUGCGGUUUUGACUUCAAGAACUGAAGUUUAUACUUGGGGUAAAGGCGCAAGUGGCCGUUUAGGCCAUGGGGAUACUGAUGAUAGAAGCACCCCAACAUUGGUUGAAGCAUUGAAAGACAAACAAGUUAGAAGUGUUGUAUGCGGAACUAAUUUUACUGCAGCUGUUUGUAUUCACAAGUGGAUUUCUGGCGUGGAUCAGUCCAUGUGCUCAGGCUGUCGGCUUCCAUUUAAUUUUAAAAGAAAACGUCACAAUUGUUACAACUGUGCCCUUGUAUUCUGUCAUUCUUGCAGUAGUAAAAAAUCUCUUAAAGCUUCAAUGGCUCCCAAUCCUAACAAACCUUAUCGUGUUUGUGAUAGCUGCUUCAACAAGCUAAUGAAGGCAUUUGAGAAUGAUUCAUCAUCUCAUUCUGCAGCUAACAGAAAAGGAGGUACCAUUCAGGGCCUCAAUGACGUGGUUGAUAAGGAGGAGAAGAUUGAUUCAAAAUCUCAAGUACAAACCUCCAAAUAUUCAUCAUUAGAAUCUUUAAGGAGUAUGGAUGGUAGAUCUAAGAGAAACAAGAAGCUAGAAUUUAGCAGCAGUCGUGUUUCUCCAAUACCAAAUGCAGGCUCAAAUUGGGGCUCUCUUAACUUAUCUAAAUCUUUCAAUCCAGUAUUUGGAACAUCAAAGAAAUUCUUCUCAGUCUCUGUUCCUGGUUCAAGAAUUGUUUCUCGUGCAACUUCACCUAUAUCUAGAAGGCCUAGCCCUCCUCGUUCUACCACACCAACACCAACCAUUGGUGGAUUAACUUCUCCAAAAUUUGCAGUUGAUGAUGGAAAAAGGACAAAUGACAGCUUAAGCCAAGAGGUGCUUCGACUGAAGGCUCAGGUGGAGAAUCUCACUCGGAAGGCUCAGCUACAAGAAGUUGAACUGGAAAGAACGUCAAAACAGCUUAAGGAGGCUAUUUCGAUUGCCGGAGAAGAAACUGCAAAAUGUAAAGCAGCCAAAGAAGUCAUCAAGUCGCUCACUGCACAAUUGAAAGAUUUGGCUGAAAGACUACCCGUUGGAGCAACCAAAAACAGUAAACUUUCUUCCUUGACAUCGUUGAGCUCUAUUGCAGCUAUCAAUGACAUCUCUGCUGCUUCUAUUGAGCAAAUGGGUAACUUCAACGGUAAUCCCGAGCCAGAUUCAAACUGUUCAAAUGGACUAAUAGCUACUAGUGCAGCUAGUUCCAUUGGCCAUCGAAGCAGAGGUGGUCAUUCUGAAACAACAAAGAAUGGAAGCAAAUUGACCGAUGGAGAUACCAAUCAAGAGUCUGAAUGGGUUGAGCAAGAUGAACCAGGCGUUUAUAUCACACUAAUUUCUUUGCCAGGUGGUGUUAAAGAUCUCAAGCGGGUUCGAUUCAGCCGGAAGAGAUUCAGUGAAAAACAAGCAGAGCAAUGGUGGGCAGGGAACAGAGCCAGGGUUUAUGAACAAUACAAUGUGAGGAUGGUUGACAGAUCAAGCACUGUAAGCUGCAGUGGAACUGAUGGAGCUCACUGAAGGCCUGUACGUUCAUUCACCCAGUUUUUAAAGUAUGGAUUCACGCCCACCCGUCUAAAAAUGAGGAGAAAAAAAAAAAUUAAAAUUAAAAUCAGGGUACUGCCAAAUUUCUCACUGAUCAAGUAGUUGUAUAUGUGGCUAUUAUUUUAUUUUAGCCCUUUAAAAGAAAAAAAAAAGGGGCUAUGAUAAAAUGGGGGUUAUGAGCUGGUUUUUCAAUAUAUAAUAUAUAUUUUUUAAUUAUUAUUAUUAUUAUUAUUUCCUUGUGUGGUUAGUAGAGUUUCGUUAGUGGUGAGGAAUGUAUAGUGGCUGGGGGUCGAAUUCUUGUAAAUUCGAAGUAAUCAUCUUCAUCUAUCUACCUCUCAUCAUCUUGGAGAGAUGUAGCCUAACCAUUUUAUCCAAGAGCUUAAGGUUUUAUUAUCCCC